UGAUGAAAUGAACAAACUUCCCCCCCCGAACAACCGAAAUAACCUCUCCCCCUGAACGCCUCUCCUUAUGAAACUUCUCUACAUAUGUGACACACGUUUUUGCACGUUCAACUCGAGGGAGAAAAAAUACUUGUUCAAAUAUUGGGCCUACUCCUUGCAGGAUUUGCUCAAUAACAGCAGUCAGAGGGACAUUCGGCUGUGGCUCGUGUGCAUAAACCUGAUUGACUACAUCGACGUGCUAACCUUCUCUGACCCAUUCGACUACGAAAAUGUGAAAAGGGCAUUAGAAAAUAUAUCUCCUCAUUUUAAUUUAAGUGAAAAGAAUUCCGGACAAGGAAACGAUAUGGCAGUGGAUCCCCUGAUAGCCUUUUUAAGGAACAGUGAAAUACACAAAAGCGCAGAAGACGGGAAGAACAAACUACCUCAACUGAGCCGUGCUUUGGGGGAGUACCCAAACUUCUUCGUCAAAAAUGUGGAAUUAAACAAAAUAAAUAUUUUGCAAAUAUCCAAGGAGAUACUAUCCAUAACGUUUGUCGUUUCUUUCACCCUGAGCUUACAAAACGAGCUCGUACUGAAGUGUGAGGGAAGACCCAUGGUGGCAGAAGUGGGACACUCUGCCUUCGUCGGGCUCAGCAAAUUCCCCGUUGAGUUUGACAUACGGGCAAAGGCGCUAAAGGAGGGCAUCUCACAGCACUUGAUAUAUGGGAUACCCAUAUUUUUAAGCGACACACCUGGGGGUGGGGAAAAUUUAGUUUCGCUGGAACGCCUAUCCAGGGAGCUCCACGAAAAUGAACAAGUUAUCAUCCUGAGAUCGAACAUAAACCCUACGGAUUUAAAAAUGCACGAAAAAGAGGUUCGCUUCUUAUGGGUUGGGGCUCCAAUGACAAAGGCGGAGGCGUCAGUGGCCCUAUGUUUGCACGGAUUAGCUACCCAAGAAACGUAUUCCCUGUCGAUCGAAGAAUUUUACAAAGAACACGUUGAAGAAAAAAAUGAGCACCUCUCAGACGCAAAGAUAAAGGAAAUAUUUAACUUUUUAAUUUUGGUUGACGAGUUUAACCCCUUGGACUACAGCAACGAGCGGUUUGAGUAUUCCUUCAAGAGCGUUCGCGAUUCGUUGAUGCCUCUACCCCCCAGGGAUGUUAUUUCAAAGAAAAGGGAUAGAAAAAAAAAAACGACGCUCUUAAAAUAUGCUGCGCUAGAUGAUGCCCCUACUGGUGCAGAGAACACCAUGCCGCUUGGCGGUCGUGGAAACCUGGCCACUCGAAAGAAUAACGAAUCGACCAAAGGUAGGGAAAUCCUGGACCCGCGAUCGCUUCUCCUAGCCAACAUGAAUAAGGCUUUCCAAAAGAACAUCAUAUAG